AUGGCGGAAUCGGCUCCUCAAUCAGUAACAAAUGGUGUCCAGAGUCUUCCGCAACCCAUCUCCGGUGAGAAAUUGGCACCGAAAGGGCCAUUAAACUGGAGAAAAGUUUUUCCAAAGGUAAACCAAAAUCUUGAGUACUUUGAAGGAGUCGACCACUGUAAUGUAAAACCUCCAUCGGAGAUCCUGCAGAUGGGACUCGACCAAUGGUGCUACACUCUUGUUGGUCGAUUCUUGGGCAAGACUCCCGAAUUUGGAAAGAUUGCUGCUGUUGUAAACGGUUUAUGGGGUAAACAAGGGAAGGUUACGGUUAGCACCAUGGGCUCCCUAUUUAUUUUCCAGUUUCCUAAUGAGGAUGUCAUGACAUGGGUUCUAGAAACAGGACCGUGGCAUGUAGAGCGCAAUUUUCUGAUCUUGCAAAAAUGGAGUCCGACUUUCACUGAAGAGGAACUGAGUUUGAAGAAGAUGCCGAUGUGGGCCCAAUUGCGGAGAAUUCCCCUUCAGUACUUCCAUCCUAAAGGCAUCAGCUUUUUAGCAAGUGCGAUUGGUAAACCACUCUACAUGGAUAGAGCUACUGCCCUACGCUCGAGACUGGAUUAUGCUAAAGUAUGUAUAGAAAUUGACUUUGGGAAGAAAAUUCCAAGUGUUUUGAAUGUUGAUUUGGGAAAUGAACACACAGUAGAGGUUCUUGUGGACACCCCAUGGCUGCCUGAGAAGUGUGACAAAUGCAAAGUUUUCGGUCACAGUUGCAGCAACCCAUCUGCAGCCACUCCAGCAAUACUGACACCAACCCCUGUGGAAGGGAGUUCUCCUCGGGCUGGUGAAAAAGCUGAUGCUGAACGUGCUGAACUGUCCCCUCCUGAUGCUGGAAUGCUCGCUGGACAGGGAGUUUGCGAGUUGGAGGUCCCAAACUCUAUUACUCCCACUCCCCCCCUUGCAUCAGAGCAAGGAAAAGUGGCUGAAUGGAGUGACUUGCACGGGGACAAUAUCGAAGUCCCUUCCAAAGGAGAGUCCUCACAGGUGAAUAGCAAGCAAGUUCUCUUAGAAGAUGUGAAGUCUCGUUCUGAUGCGAUCAGCUCAGAUGAUGAGCUGGAGGUAUCCUCGCGUCGGGGAGUUACAACACAGAAUCAGAGCAUUACAGUGGAGGAGGUGAAAUCAACCCAGAAAGUUCAAGGCAAAAGGAAACCUAGAACGGGCAAGGGAGGGAUUUUUGCUCUCAUUGAGACACGGGUAAAGGAAAACAAUUGUCUAAAGAUAGUGAAUAAAUGGAAGGGCUGGUUGUUGAUGGAAAAUUAUCAGCAUGCCCAUAAUGGCAGAUUGUGGAUUCUGAUACGAGAGGACUUGCAGACUUUAACAGUGGGUAUGAGGUAUAGUUGGAUGUUGAUGGGUGAUUUCAAUGCAAUUAAAGAAUUAGAAGAGGCCAAAGUAGUUGGGAGGGAAAUUGUUGUUGAUCAAAGUAUAAGAGAAUUUGCAGACUUCAUUAGCACAUCGGAGCUUAAGGAUCACCCCUAUACCGGCUGUUUUUUCACAUGGAGCAACAAAAGACAGGAGGGGUUUCAAGCUAGGAAGAUUGACAGAGCGUUGGUUAAUGACUUAUGGUUUCAACGGGAUAUUGCCUCAACAGUGGAAUUUCUUUCUCCCGGAAUUUCUGAUCAUAGUCCUAUCAUGUUGAGAUUUGGUGCCAAAGAGAAUGCGGGCCCAAAGCCUUUUAAGUUUUUCCAUUUCUGGACUGAGCAUCCAGAGUACUUGAAACUUGUGGAACGUGUGUGGAUGGAGGUCCAGGAAGGUAAUCCUAUGGCAGUGCUUUACAAGAAAUUGAGGAAUCUAAAGAGACAUCUGAAAGAUUUCAAUAGAUCUUACUUUGGGGAUGUGCAUGCUAAAGUUGACGCCUUGCAAACUCAACUCGCUUAG